GACCGUGGUCUUGUAAAAACGUAAGCUUUGCGCUAUCCUAUCCUAUAAGAGAACCUCUGACAGUUACUUUCUACGGCGACAGAGGUGUAUUUUGUUUUUUUUUCCUGAGAAUUAACUAAUAGCAAAGUUCUUCAAAUGGAGUUGAACAGGUUGUGUUUAGCAGUGAUAAUGAUUAUAAAUGUGGUGGUUUUAAUACAAGGGUGGCGGUGCCAUGGUUGUUUGGAGGAAGAGAGAGUUGCUCUCUUGCAAAUCAAAGAUGCCUUUAGUUACCCAAAUGGCAGUUUCCCGCACUCCUGGGGAAGAGAUGCUAACUGCUGCGAAUGGAAACAAGUCCAAUGCAACUCCACCACACUUCGAGUUGUCAAAAUAGACCUUUCUUUCUCAAGGGGUUGGGAGCUGGGAGACUGGCUCCUGAAUGCGUCUUUGUUUCUUCCAUUCCCAGAACUGAACGCUCUUAACUUGUAUGGAAAUCGUAUUGCUGGAUGUCUUGAGAAUGAAGGUUUUGAAAGACUAUCAGUCCUUGGCAAUUUGGAGAGACUCGAGUUGGGCCAAAACAAAUUCAACAGCAGCAUCUUUUCAUCCUUAGGUGGUCUUUCAUCUUUGAAAUGUUUAUCUCUACACAAUAAUGAAAUCGAAGGAACAAUAAGCGUGGAAGGAUUGAAUAAUCUGACAAACUUAAGGAAUCUGCAUAUUGCGAGCAAUCACAUUGAAGGGUUUAAAUCCCUUCAUGGUGGUGAGGAUGAAGUGCUGAAAAUGAGCAAUUUGGAGUAUCUAGACUUGGGAGGUAAUCGCUUUGAUAACAGUAUCUUAUCAUCCUUCAAGGGUCUUUCAUCUCUCAAGAAUCUCGGUCUGGAAAAGAACCAUCUGAAAGGAACAUUCAAUAUGAAAGAAUUGGAAGCUUUGAGCAACUUGAGGAAGCUGUAUCUCAGCGGAAAUGAGAUUGACGAGUUUGUGUUCUCAGAACGUAUUAGAGGUUUCGGAAAUCUAAGCAGAGUUCGUUUAUUUAAUAUCACCGCAAAUGGAAGAAGAAUUUCACUUCCAUUACUGCAAUCAUUGGCAAAACUCCCAAACCUCAAGACACUUGAUCUGGGGAACAAUAAUUUCGAAGGAACAAUAUUAGCUCAAGCCUUGCCUUCUCUCAAGAAUUUGCACAAGUUGGAUUUGAGUUCCUCUACUCUCGAUAAUAGCUCUCUGCAAACAAUAGGAAGGAUUACCACUCUGACGAGUUUAAAGAUGAAUGGUUGUAGACUCAGUGGCAGCAUACCUAUAGCCGAGGGUCUAUGCGAGUUAAAGCAUCUUCAAAGUCUUGAUAUCAGCAAUAAUAGUCUCACCGGUGUCUUGCCUAAUUGUUUGGCAAAUUUGACAUCCCUGAAACAAAUAGAUCUCUCUUCCAAUCACUUUGGGGGAGAUAUUUCCUCGUCUCCUCUUAUAACUCUGACAUCCAUCCAAGAAUUAAGACUUUCGGACAAUAACUUUCAAAUCCCCAUCUCAUUGAGGUCAUUUUCCAACCAUUCUGAACUCAAAUUCUUCUUCGGUUAUAAUAAUGAAAUAUGUGCAGAGCUAGAGGAGCACAAUUUGAUCCCAAAGUUCCAACUAGAGAGACUUCAUUUAUCUGGUCAAGCAUAUGGUGGAGCAUUGCCCUUUCCCAAAUUCCUCUUCUAUCAACACAACUUGAGGGAGAUUUAUUUUUCUAACAUGAAAAUGAGGGGAGGGGUUCCAAAUUGGUUGCUAGAGAACAACCCAAACCUACAUGAACUUUUCCUGGUCAACAAUUCUCUUUCAGGACCUUUCCAGUUGCCAAUUCAUCCCCAUGUGAGUUUGUCACAAUUAGAUAUUUCUGACAAUCACUUGGACAGCCACAUCCCAACUGAAAUUGGAGCAUAUUUCCCAAGUUUGACAUUUUUAUCCAUGUCUAAAAACCACUUCAACGGUAUCAUUCCCUCUUCGUUUGGCUCUAUGUCUUCUCUUCUAGUUUUGGAUCUCUCAGAAAACAACAUCUCUGGAAAGCUGCCAUCUUGUUUUAGCUCUUUGCCACUAGUUCAUGUUUAUUUGUCACAAAAUAAAUUACAGGGAUCUUUGGAGGAUGCAUUUCAUAAGUCCUUUGAGCUAAUUACAUUGGAUCUUAGCCAUAAUCAAUUGACUGGCAACAUUUCGGAAUGGAUUGGUGAGUUUUCCCACAUGAGCUAUCUUCUCUUAGGUUAUAAUAACCUUGAAGGCAGAAUACCCAACCAGUUGUGCAAGUUGGACAAAUUGAGUUUCAUUGAUCUUUCUCAUAAUAAGUUUUCUGGUCAUAUCCUCCCUUGUCUAAGAUUUAGAAGCAGUAUUUGGUACAGCAAUCUUAGAAUAUAUCCUGAUAGGUAUUUGAUUCGAGAGCCUUUAGAGAUUACAACAAAGAGUGUAUCCUAUUCUUACCCGAUAAGCAUUUUGAACAUCAUGUCUGGAAUGGAUCUCUCUUGCAACAAUUUGACAGGUGAGAUUCCUCCGGAAAUUGGAAACCUUAAUCAUAUCCAUGUACUGAACCUGUCAAAUAAUUUUUUGAUAGGUCCUAUCCCACAAACUUUUACAAACUUGAGUGAAGUUGAGAGCUUGGAUCUUUCCAAUAACAGCUUGACUGGGGCUAUCCCUCCUGGACUUGUACAAUUGCAUUCUCUGGCAUUUUUUAGUGUAGCCCACAAUAACCUAUCUGGUAGAACACCACCUAAUAUGAUUCCACAAUUUUCAACAUUCAACGAGAGUAGCUAUGAGGGAAAUCCUCUCCUUUGUGGACCACCACUCUCAAGACAUUGCACCACCCAAGAAGAAGAAGCUUCGUCAUUACCAAAAAGGACUUCAACGGAUGAUAUAGAAGAAAGUGGCUUCAUGGAUACAGAUGUUUUCUAUGUGAGCUUUGUUGUGACAUACAUCAUGAUGCUGUUGGUAACAGCUGCAAUUUUGUACAUAAACCCCAACUGGAGACGAGCAUGGUUUUAUUUCAUUAAACAAAGCAUCAAUAAUUGCUACUACUUUUUUGUGGACAAUCUUCAUAUGCCAUCCUGGUUAGAGGUCCGAAACCUUUUGUGUAGAUAUUUUUAGCAUGUGUGGUGUUUCUACUUUUCAAAUUCAAGACUGAAUUCAAUCUUAUCGUAUUAGUACAAGUUAUGUCUGAAAA